UGCUGUGUCAGCGACACGGAGGGCAGCAUCUGUCUGUGGCAGGUGGGCCUCGGCAGCAGCUUCAACAAGCCCAUCAUGAGUUUGCAGUGCCACAACAGAACCACCAGUGACUUCCAGUUUGUGGGCUCCUCCAGCCUCAUCGCCACAGCCGGCCAGUCGUCGGAGCUCAAGAACGUCUGCCUCUGGGACACUCUGCUGCCCACUCGCAGCUCUUUGGUCCACG